AACACUAGACCGGGUUUUGGAGAAAAAUAAAAUAAAAGAAGCCGGUAGAAUGCAGUGGCUUGAGAUAAAUUUGAAAUGCCUUUUAAUAUUUUUAAUUGGUCACAUAAAACCUGGAAUUGGCAAUACAUACGAACGGGAUCCGAAUGGCUAUCUCACCUACUGCCCCUGCAUGGGACGUUUUGGUAACCAAGCGGAUCACUUCUUGGGUUCCCUUGCUUUUGCCAGGGCUUUGAAUCGGACUCUUAUACUUCCGCCAUGGGUGGAAUACCGCAAGGGUGAAUUGCGUUCCCAUCAAGUGUCUUUCGAGACGUACUUCGAUGUGGAGCCGUUGCAGAAAUAUCAUCGCGUCAUUCUCAUGUCUGAAUUUAUGGACCAACUGGCCGAGGAAGUGUGGCCUGUCGAGAAGCGAGUAUCCUUUUGCUACAUGGAACGUAAGAGUCUGCAACAGGAAAAAAAUCAAGACAAACAAUGUCAUGCCAAGGAUGGAAAUCCUUUUGGACCUUUUUGGGACACCUACAACAUUGACUUCGUAGCUUCAGAAUUCUAUGGACCCCUCCAUUUUGAUGUGCACCACAGUGCUGUGGCCAGCAAAUGGCAAGCUAAAUAUGAUGUGGAAUCCUGGCCAGUCUUGGCGUUCACUGGAGCACCAGCUAGUUUCCCAGUACAAUUGGAGAACUGCGAAUUACAAAAGCAUUUGCAAUGGAGUUCCAAAUACAGAGAAGGGGCGCGCGAUUAUAUCAAGAAUAUACUUCCUCGUGGGGCCUUUGUAGGCCUUCAUUUGCGAAAUGGCAUCGAUUGGGUCCGAGCCUGUGAGCAUGUAAAGGAUAGUCAGCACUUGUUCGCCUCUCCACAGUGCCUGGGUUAUAGAAACGAGCGGGGCUCCCUGUAUCCUGAGCUCUGCAUGCAGACCAAGGAGUCGAUAGUGCGCCAACUGAAAAGAGUUAUUAAGAAUGUGCGACAGACUCAGCCGAAAAAUGAAAUUAAAUCGGUAUUUGUGGCCUCUGAUGCCAAUCAUUUGAUCAAAGAGCUGAGCUCUGCUCUCAACAGAAUGAAUAUCACUGUUCAUAAGCUGGACAAAGAUGAUCCCUACUUAGAUCUGGCCAUUUUGGGACAAUCAAAUCAUUUCAUAGGCAAUUGCGUUUCAUCCUUCAGUGCCUUUGUGAAACGUGAACGGGACUCGCAUGGUUUUCCUUCCUCCUUUUGGUCAUUUCCAAAGGAGAAGGAGCGGCAACAACAACAGACUAGAUUGCAUGAGGAACUGUAAUGGACACACAUCUAUCAAUACUUAGUAGUUUUUAAGCCAAAUGUUUCCAUUGGCAUACUUUUACUUAUAGAAAUUUAUUCAAGAAUCAAAUCAUUCAUUCCAAGCAAUAUAUUUAAUAAUUUAUAUCGAA